AUGAUGGCGUGCCCUUCGUCCAAAACUAGCCUAGUGCAGGCCAACCUCCACCACAGCGAAACUGCGUCGGCUCAAUUACGCAAGUGGUUGGAGGUUCAAAGGACUGCCAUAGCCUUAAUCCAGGAGCCAUGGGUUGGGGCUGGUAAAAUUAAAGGCCUAAACAACCUAAAAGGUAAGUUAUUCUACAGCUCUGAACACGACAAGCCUAGAGCGUGUAUUUACACUACUAAAGAUAUCUGUGCACAACCUUUAACAGAUUUCUGUUCUAGAGACAUGUAUGCCGUAGCAAUACAGUACACACAGGAGAGUAGAUUAGUCGUCGCCUCGGUCUACAUGCCGGAGGAAGACACUCCUCCACCUCAUGACCUCAGCAGGCUGGUGAACUUCUGCGAGAGGACCGGACUAGAGGUUGUGAUCGGGACGGACUCCAACGCACAUCAUCCCCUUUGGGGAAUGGAAAAACCAAAUGAACGAGGUGUUACAGAUAGUCCCCUGUGCAGGGCAUGUAUGGGGGAGGAAGAAACGGCGGCCCACGUGCUACUGAAAUGUCCGGAGGUCGCUACAUACAGGGCUAAACAUCUCGGCACGCCGGGAUCACUCCCCGAAGUUGCAUGCAACAUCAAGGGCCUGUUGAGCUUCUUCGGAGAGAUCUCAUGGCUCGAAUAA